ACGUUGGCCAACGGCCAGACCAAACCAACGCUGCUCAACGAAACUCGACCACAAAACUCGACCACGAAACCACGACGGCACAGCGGCCCCACCGCCAAAGCGAAACAUAAUAGUCCCACGCCUGGUCUGCCUCCGCGCCAUGAUAGUCCCCGACGCGCGCAAUUGGGUAGCAUAGCAUCGAGGUGGUUUUGCUGCGACAGCCGACAUCCGCGGCUACCCGAAGCCGGCGCGCCACCAACAAAACGACCCGGCAGCUCCCCCCCGACGGUGCCGAAACCAUGGCGAACGGUGACGACGACAGCCGGGACUCGGCUCCCGACCUCAAGAUUCUCGGCGACUCGAUUACCCUGCAGCCCAGCGGAUAUGUCGAGUCCACCACGUUAGCCCGCGAGGAGGCCCUCAUGAAGCACAUGGCGAGCUUCCGGUCCGAACCGCUGCAAUUCCUCCGCGAGGUCUCCCUCUACGUGUCAGGCACAGGCUGGCGCGCCUACGACCAUGCCAUCGGCCAGCCUAUUUUCUACCAGGGCUUUUCGGAGCAGAUGAUAAAUCGGGUUCUGUCGGCGCCUCUCCUGCGCGCGCGGAUAUCCCAAUUGGCAGAUAAGCGGCUAGCCAACGAGGAGAAUGAGGGCUUCUUUCGCAAGGGGGACCCCGACUACGAGCUGCGGCGGGCGCAGCGGCGCACGGAACUCGAGGUCGGCCUGCAGCAAGUGGCGGAGAAGUGGGUGGACAACAUGAUCUGCAAGUUCGAGAGCAAGACCUUCAUCAGGGGCGCAUAUUACCUCUGCACCCAGCUCCUGACGCGCGCCUACCAUCAGGGCAUCCACGUGUCGAGCGAGGAGGUCCUGCGGCUGCGCAAGGUCGCCGAGGAGGCCGAGCGCAAGAAGCAGAGCAUCAUAUUCCUGCCUUGCCACCGGUCCCACGUCGAUUACGUGUCUCUUCAGCUGAUCUGCUACCGCCUCGGCCUGGCCCUGCCCAUCGUCGUCGCCGGCGACAACCUCAAUCUCCCCGGGGUGGGGAGCUUCCUGCAGCAUGCUGGAGCCAUGUGGAUUCGCCGUUCUUUUGGCGACGACAUGCUCUAUACCACCCUUGUCCAGGCCUAUAUCGACACCUUGCUCCAGGGCGGCUACAACUUUGAGUGCUUUAUCGAGGGCGGCCGUUCCCGGACCGGCAAGCUCCUGUCACCAAAGUUCGGCAUCCUCAACUUUGUUGUGGACAGCGUGCUUUCGGGCAGGACUGAAGACGCCAUCAUCUGUCCCGUGAGCACGCAGUACGACAAGGUCAUCGAGACAGAGGGCUAUGUUACCGAGCUACUUGGUGUUCCCAAGGAGAAGGAGAACCUGGCUGAUUUCCUUACCGGCGGUUCUUCGGUUCUCUCGCUUCGCCUCGGCAGGGUCGAUGUGCGGUUCCAUGAGCCAUGGAGCUUGCGCGGUUUCAUUGAUGAGCAGCUAAACCGGCUUAUCGGGAUUCCCAAAACCUUGGAGGCUACGGACCUGGAAAGUAAAAUUACACCGGCCGUGCGGCAAAAACUGCUGCGCACUCUGGGAUACAGGGUGCUGGCGGAUAUAAACGACGUGUCCGUCGUCAUGCCUACAGCCCUGAUCGGCACGGUUCUCCUGACGCUGCGCGGCCGUGGCUGUAGCAAGACGGAGCUAAUUCGGCGCGUACAGUGGUUGACGGCGCGCGUCAGGGCAAAGGGCGGCCGCGUCGCCCACUUCGGGAGCGCCUCGGUCGUUGAGGUUAUCGAGCGUGGUCUCGAGGUGCUGGGCCGUGACCUUGUCGGCACCGUCGACGGCCUGACCGAGCCCGUGUACUACGCCGUAGACCGUUUCCAGCUCUCCUUCUACCGCAACAUGACCAUCCACCUCUUCAUCUCCGAGGCCCUCAUCAGCGCGGCCAUGUACAUACGCGUCAAGCGCGGCGGCGGACCCGUGAUCCAAGACAUUACCUACACGGAACUGCACGACCACGUCCUCUUCCUCUCCUCGCUCUUCCGCGGCGAGUUCAUCUUCUCGGGCGAGGGGCUGUCCGUCAGCCUGGACAAGACCCUUAGGGGCCUCGAGGCCGAGGGCGUCAUCUACCUGCACCGCAGUGACGACGGCAAGAUCGAGAAGGUGGGCCUGUCGGACAAGGAACGCCAAGCCGGACGAGAGAACUAUGACUUUUACUGCUUCCUCAUCUGGCCUUUUAUAGAGUCGACUUGGCUCGCGGCCGUUUCUCUAAUGGGACUGGCGCCCCCGCUCGGAAUGGCGCCGGAUAUAUGGAUCGAGGUGUCCAAGGCGCAAAACAGCGCGCAACUGCUCGGCAAGGACCUGUACCACCAGGGCGACCUGUCCUACUUCGAGGCCGUCAACAAGGAGACACUAAAGAACUCUUACCAGCGGUUCGAGGAGGAAGGCAUCAUACAGGUGGUCAAGUCCAAGGACCCUCGGGUCAAGCCCCGCCUGCGCCUGUCGGCCGAGUGGACGCCCUCGAGGGACCCCAAGACGGGCGAGCUGGCGGCCUCUGGCAGGCUAUGGGACUUUAUCGAGAAGAUCGCGUCGAGCAGGCGCGAGGGCAAGAACCGCCGCGACGGCGCCACAGUCAGCACGCGGGUCGUGCGGCUGACGGACCUCAUCGGCCAGAAGCUGUUCCGCGAGGUCAUCGGGGCCGAGGGGAAGAAGGGCGCCGCGCCGCCGAGGCUCACAUCCGAGGAGGCGGCCGGGCUGGCCCGCUCGGUCAGGGAGCAGAAGAGAAGGCGGAAGCUCGAGAACAGGGCCAGGCUGUGAGGUAGACAGCAGGCCCGGGCUCGGACUAGCAGAUGGGAAGUAAUGUGUUGAAGAUAGGGUACGAUAGAGCCUGAUGAGGGAUGCAGCCAUGUAGGAACCCAAUUGUUAUUAUGCAUUGGAAGUCUACCGAUAGUGUUUUCGGACCGUUUUGACUCGAGAGUAUACAUCCAAGUCAACUGGGCUAAGCUCUAGUCUAAGCGCUGCCAUUUAUAUCAACACUGCCGCCUGUAAACGCCAAGUUUCGAGGUCGUCAAAAU